CCUCCCAAUCAGACCUGGGCUGCUCCAGCUGUGUCCUGAGGAGCUGGACCAGACACAUCCCCUGGGGCUGGAGUUGAAGCUUAACCAAGUGGCCAUCCCAGCGUGAGACCAGAUUCCUGGCUGUGCGGACGGACAGCGAUAGCCAGUGAGCAGGCAGGCAGGCCUCAGCCCAGAAGCCCCAGUGCCCAGCACGCUGGCAAUCCACAAGCGGAAUGGCGCUGCAAGUGGAGCUGAUCCCCACCGGGGAGAUCAUCCGUGUGGUUCACCCCUACAGACCUUGCAAACUUGCCCUGGGCAGCAACGGGGUGCGGGUGACCAUGGAGAGCGCCCUGACCGCCCGGGACCGGGUGGGGGUGCAGGACUUCGUGCUGCUGGAGAACUUCACCAGUGAGGCGGCCUUCAUCGAGAACCUGCGGCGGCGGUUCCGGGAGAACCUCAUCUACACCUACAUCGGCCCGGUCCUGGUCUCUGUGAACCCCUACCGGGACCUGCAGAUCUACAGCCGGCAGCACAUGGAGCGCUACCGCGGCGUCAGCUUCUACGAGGUGCCGCCCCACCUGUUCGCGGUGGCCGACACGGUGUACCGGGCGCUGCGCACCGAGCGCCGGGACCAGGCGGUGAUGAUCUCCGGGGAGAGCGGGGCGGGCAAGACGGAGGCCACCAAGCGGCUGCUGCAGUUCUACGCCGAGACCUGCCCGGCCCCUGAGCGGGGCGGUGCCGUGCGGGACCGGCUGCUGCAGAGCAACCCUGUGCUGGAGGCCUUCGGCAACGCCAAGACCCUCCGGAACGAUAACUCCAGCCGGUUCGGGAAGUACAUGGACGUGCAGUUUGAUUUCAAGGGGGCCCCUGUGGGCGGCCACAUCCUCAGUUACCUCCUGGAGAAGUCCCGCGUGGUCCACCAGAACCACGGGGAGCGGAACUUCCACAUCUUCUACCAGCUGCUGGAGGGCGGCGAGGAGGAGACGCUGCGCCGGCUGGGCCUGGAGCGCAACCCCCAGAGCUACCUGUACCUGGUGAAGGGCCAGUGUGCCAAAGUCUCCUCCAUCAACGACAAGAACGACUGGAAGGUCGUCAGGAAGGCUCUCUCGGUCAUCAACUUCACGGAGGACGAAGUGGAGGACCUGCUGAGCAUCGUGGCCAGCGUCCUGCAUUUGGGCAACCUCCACUUUGCUGCCGAUGAGGAGAGCAACGCCCAGGUCACCAGCGAGAACCAGUUCAAGUACCUGACCAGGCUCCUUGGCGUGGACGGCGCCACAUUUCGGGAAGCCCUGACGCACAGGAAGAUCACCGCCAAGGGCGAAGAGCUCCUGAGCCCGCUGAACCUGGAGCAGGCCGCCUACGCCCGAGACGCCCUCGCCAAGGCCGUGUACAGUCGCACUUUCACCUGGCUGGUUGGGAAGAUCAACAGGUCGUUGGCCUCCAAGGAUGCCCAGAGCCCCAGCUGGCGGAGCACCACAGUCCUCGGGCUCCUGGACAUUUAUGGCUUCGAGGUGUUUCAGAACAACAGCUUCGAGCAGUUCUGCAUCAAUUACUGCAACGAGAAGCUGCAGCAGCUGUUCAUCGAGCUCACCCUCAAGUCAGAGCAGGAGGAGUACGAGGCGGAGGGCAUCGCGUGGGAGCCUGUCCAGUAUUUCAACAACAAGAUCAUCUGCGAUCUGGUCGAGGAGAAAUUCAAGGGCAUCAUUUCCAUCUUGGACGAGGAGUGCCUGCGCCCCGGGGAGGCCACAGACCUGACCUUCCUGGAGAAGCUGGAGGACACCAUCAAGCACCACCCGCACUUCCUGACGCACAAGCUGGCUGACCAGCGGACCAGGAAAUCUCUGGGCCGUGGGGAGUUCCGCCUUCUGCACUAUGCAGGGGAAGUAACCUACAGCGUGACUGGGUUUCUGGAUAAAAACAAUGACCUUCUCUUCCGGAACCUGAAGGAGACCAUGUGCAGCUCGGAGAAUCCCAUCAUGAGCCAGUGCUUUGACCGGAGCGAGCUCAGUGACAAGAAGCGCCCAGAGACGGUGGCCACCCAGUUCAAGAUGAGCCUCCUGCAGCUGGUGGAGAUCCUGCAGUCCAAGGAGCCCGCCUACAUCCGCUGCAUCAAGCCCAACGACGCCAAGCAGCCCGGCCGCUUCGAUGAGGUGCUGAUCCGGCACCAGGUGAAGUACCUGGGACUGAUGGAGAACCUGCGAGUGCGCAGAGCCGGCUUUGCCUACCGCCGCAAAUACGAGGCCUUCCUGCAGAGGUACAAGUCGCUGUGCCCGGAGACAUGGCCCACGUGGGCAGGCCGGCCCCAGGACGGGGUGGCCGUGCUGGUCCGGCACCUCGGCUAUAAGCCAGAAGAGUAUAAGAUGGGCAGGACCAAGAUCUUCAUCCGGUUUCCCAAGACGCUGUUUGCCACAGAGGAUGCGCUGGAGGUCCGGAGGCAGAGCCUGGCCACCCAGAUCCAGGCCUCCUGGCGGGGCUUCCACUGGCGGCAGAAGUUCCUCCGGGUGAAGCGCUCAGCCAUCUGCAUCCAGUCCUGGUGGCGGGGAACGCUGGGACGGAGGAAGGCGGCCAAGAGGAAGUGGGCAGCGCAGACUGUCCGGCGGCUCAUCCGAGGCUUCAUCCUGCGCCACGCACCCCGCUGCCCCGAGAACGCCUUCUUCCUGGACCACGUGCGCACCUCCUUUCUGCUCAACCUGCGGCGGCAGCUGCCCCGGAACGUCCUGGACACCUCCUGGCCCACCCCGCCCCCCGCCCUGCGUGAGGCCUCGGAGCUGCUGCGGGAGCUGUGCAGGAAGAACAUGGUGUGGAAGUACUGCCGGAGCAUCAGCCCCGAGUGGAAGCAGCAGCUGCAUCAGAAAGCCGUGGCCAGUGAGAUCUUCAAGGGCAAGAAGGACAAUUACCCCCAGAGCGUCCCCAGGCUCUUCAUCAGCACGCGGCUUGGUGCAGACGAGAUCAGCUCCAAAGUGCUGCAGGCCCUGGGCACUGAGCCCAUCCAGUACGCAGUGCCCGUGGUGAAAUAUGACCGAAAGGGCUACAAACCCCGGCCCCGGCAACUGCUGCUGACGCCCAACGCCGUGGUCAUCGUGGAGGACGCCAAAGUCAAGCAGAGGAUUGAGUACCCCAACCUGACCGGAAUCUCCGUCAGCAGCCUGAGCGACAGCCUCUUUGUGCUGCACGUGCAGCGCGAGGACAAUAAGCAGAAGGGGGAUGUGGUGCUGCAGAGUGACCAUGUGAUUGAGACACUGACCAAGAUGGCCCUUAGCGCUGACCGUGUGAACAACAUCAACAUCAACCAGGGCAGCAUCACGUAUGCAGGGGGCCCUGGCAGGGACGGCAUUAUCGACUUCACACCCGGCUCAGAGCUGCUCAUCGCGAAGGCCAAGAACGGUCACCUGGCUGUGGUGGCCCCGCGGCUGAACUCGCGGUGAUGAAGGUGCCCCCUGGACCCGCCCACCUCCCAACGCUUUGCUUAUCCUCUCUUCCCCUCCCGUUACCAAAGACUCGAGCUUCCAGACAGGGACCCAGGGACACCUCGAAGCCCACCGACAAACUCCCGUCUCCUCCUCGCCCCUCUCCUGAGGGCGCUGCAGGGAGUGGUCAGGGAGCUGCCCCAGGAGUGGGCCAGGCCGGGCCACAGCAAUAGGAAAGCCGGGGCCAGAGGCACACACGCCAGCCCCACUGUCGAUGCCAAAUAUUUGAGAGAAGGGAACUUUUGCCGAGGUUUUCUCUGAGAUUUUUUGAUGCUUUAUAGGAAACUAUUUUUUUUAGCCAUUUCCCACCCCCAGACACACUGGAUGUGUUUUCCCCGACUCCAGCCGGGCAGGGAACGUAGCUCAGAGGCGGAGUGGUCUGGGCCUGGUGCCCUUUCCUGCUCAGGCCACUCUGUCCUCCUGUUCCCUCGGCGGCGCCUUGUCUGCCUGCCUGUCUGCCCACCUGGAUCCUCUGCGGCCGCUCCCGCAUCCUCUGGGGGCUGAGAGCACCCUUGCCUGCCCCCUUUUUCUGCCUUAACAAUGUUCUUUCAAUAUCAGCCUAGCCUGAGGCUGGAGUGGGGAAGGCGUCUCAGCCACAAAAUGUGCAAGACUGAGGCCAGCCUCCUGGUUGACAGAGCCGGAGACAGCAGCCCAAAGAGGGGACGGGACUUGCCCGUCCUUCACCAGCAGGUUGGGGCAGAGCCAGGACUGCAGCCCUGUCCUCAGUACACCUCACUGCCUCCCCCAGGAACAGGGCCCCGGAAAAGAGGCACCUGUCUUAGGGCGCAUGUGGCUCCCUGACCAGCAAUCACCUUUGGGGCCACCAGGUAGGAGAAGCCCUUCUGCCUGAGUCCAUGCCUUCUGGUGACAAAUACCCCGCUCACCAUAACUGGCCCCGUUUCCAGGAUGUGAGGCCUUUGCCGUGCCCCGAGCUGCCCCCGUGUGGGACCCUGGGGAGGAGCUGCGGGGGCGUCCCUCUUCCUGCUGCGGCUCCCCUCACGCCUCCCCAGAGAGCCUGGGCCGCGGCUGCCCUGCCUCCGGGGUCUCGGCCCACUGCUGACACUUCUGCGAUCCAGAGAAACACUAAAUAAAGCAAUACGUGUUUGCCAA